AUGUGGGGACGCUGCAGGCUGCAGCUGUGGCAGCUGGCUCUCAGGUUAUCCUACCACGUGGUCACAGCCGGCCUGUGUCUGGGAGGGUCGGACAUCUUGGCUUCGGUCAGAGAGAACAGUCCGACAGGUGAGUUCAUCUCUGACAUCACCAUCACCGCUGAACCGGGCGCCAACGCCGUCCGGCUGUGUCUCACCGGGGACAACGCCGACUGGUUCUACCUGGAGGGACGCACUAUCAGACUGAACACAUCCGCCGCCAGAGUCCUCGACCGUGAGGUUCAGGGAUCAGUUCUUAUAGCAGAGCUCACCUGUUACGAGGAUGAUGUCAUACAGAGUCAGUACAGGAUUCUGGUGGAGAUUGUGAAUGAAAAUGACAACAGACCAAACUUCCUGAAGGAGACGAUUCAGCCAUUCACCAUCAGUGAGCUGACUGCGGUGAACUCGGUGGUUUUCACAGUGAGAGCCGCCGACGCAGACGGUGACAUCAUCACUUACAUCAUCGAUCAGUCGGAGGACGCAGGUUUCUUCAGGAUCGACCUCCCCAACAGUGGUCAGGUGGUCCUGAACAAACCUCUGGACUACGAGAGCAGAACUCAGCUGCAGGUGAUCAUCUGGGCCCAGGAAGCGAACACUGCGGAGAAGUUCAACACGUCGACCGUUCUGAGCGUCAACAUCGAGGACGGAGACGACCAGUACCCUCACUUCCUGCCCUGCUCACCUGUCAGCCCAGGUGUUCCUGUCUGCAGGAGCCCCACCUACACCACCAACAUCACACACACACACGCACAGGAUGCAGUUCUGGAGUUUUCUCCUGGACCAAUCAGAGCGGAGGAUGGAGACCGAGGCAUCAACACUCGUCUCGAGUUCAGCAUCCUGUCAGGUGGGGGGCGGGGCCAGUUCCUGAUGGACAGGUGGACAGGUGAGAUCCGGCUGGUCGGUUCCCUUGACGACCGUCUGGAGGCGAACUUCAGCCUCAGCGUCAUGGUGUGUCAGGUGGACGACCGUCUGAAGUACGCCGUGGCGUCCGUUCUGGUCCGCGUCCUCAGCCAGAACGUGUUCCCGCCCGUCUUCAACAGAACCACCUUCAGAGGCUUCAUCAUCCAGAGCCCAAGCCCCGCCUCCAUCGUCGUCACCUACGGCAACCAGGUGCUGCAGCUGCAGGCGUCCGACCGCGACUUCCCCGACGGCCAGAACCCCAAAAUCCACUAUUCCAUCCAGCCCCGGACCGGACUGUACCAAGUCACCCAGGGGGGUGUCCUGAUCGCCAGGACAGACCACCUGCACGCCUUCGACAGGCACAUCGUACAGGUUAUCGCCAGAGACGAAGAAUCAGGAGAAGAAGCUUCAGCCACAGUGGACAUCGAAGUCCUGCAGAGAGGACAGACAGUCCCUCGUGGUGCGUUCACUGAGCAGCAGUUGUUCGGAGAUGUGGACGCCCGGCUGGCUGGAGGAAUCGCAGCGAUGAUCGUGUUGUUGUUCGUGUCGGCCGUCGUCUUUCUGCUGCUGAGAAAUCUGAAGAGACGACGACUGCAGGGAAACACGGACGAACACAGAAAACGUCCCAACGUGGUGAGCGGCGGCGGGCGUCCCGCCUUCUCUCUGGACGACUCGUCGUUCACUCGUCAGUACGAGUCGGCGCCACUCGGCAGCCACGGCGUCUACACCAGGAAACACUCGCUGCUUCCUCCGUCCAACAGAGCGCCAGCAGGACGCCUCCACCUGUCCCCGGUCCCCGCCUCGCCCCGCGAUGACGUCACUGAUGACGUCACUGAUGACGUCACCGCAGCAAACACAGAGAGACUUCAGACCGACGACGACAAGAAGACGGACCAAUCAGAGACGUAAGAGGAGAAGACGGACCAAUCAGAGACGUAAGAGGAGAAGACGGACCAAUCAGAGACGUAAGAGGAGAAGACGGACCAAUCAGAGACGUAAGAGGAGAAGACGGACCAAUCAGAGGAGACGUAAGAGGAGAAGACGGACCAAUCAGAGGAGACGUAAGAGGAGAAGACGGACCAAUCAGAGACGUAAGAGGAAAAGACGGACCAAUCAGAGGAGACGUAAGAGGAGAAGACGGACCAAUCAGAGGAGACGUAAGAGGAGAAGACGGACCAAUCAGAGACGUAAGAGGAGAAGACGGACCAAUCAGAGACGUAAGAGGAGAAGACGGACCAAUCAGAGGAGACGAAAGAGGAGAAGACGGACCAAUCAGAGACCACUAAGCUCCAUGAUCUAUUGAUUGAUUAUUGUUAUCGAUCCAUAUUGAUCCGCUGUUUAUUAGUAAACAUUGACGUGCCUGAUAGAUUAUUGACUCGUUUUUAUUUCUGAAACAAACUGAUUUUAACGUGAAGAACAGAAACGCUGAAACGCACCACAGAAGAAGAGACGAUGAUGAAAGCCUGUCAAUCAUCCAAUCAACAGCGAGCGUCAGCAGGAAGUGCGGCAGCGGCGCCUCCUGCUGAUGUUGUUGUUUCAAAUCACCUCUGAAGUUUGUAAACAAUCUGUGUCAAAUAUUAAGUUUCUUAAUAAACAACAAAAAGCAGCUGAAGUGUUCAGACUCGAACCUGUGACCUUUGACCUUUGUGAUCAACAUGUUGACAGAGUUUGAUUUUUUUUUUUAGAUAUUUUUUGGCCAUUUUUGUAUUUUUUAAAAUUAUCUGAGCCUAAUAUUGAAAUAUGAAAAAAAACAAGCUUUUCUUUUCGUUUUUUGUGUUACAAUAAAAAAACAAAUAACAAAAUAACGAGUCAGUUUUUCUGUAUUUGAUGUUUGAUUGCCAACUGAAAAU